AUGCGUAAAGCAUUUCUCAGCGUCAAAAAAAAAAAGGAUCAACUCCCUUACCGAUUUCGUCGCACAUAUAACUGGCUAGACUAUCUCGUCACUGGAGACGAAAGAGGUGCAACUGCUCCAAGCUCGGUUCGGAGAGCAACGCGUGCGACAUCCGCACAGGACAGUGUCGUUGCAAACCGCACGUCACCGGCCGAGCGUGUGACACUUGUGAGGAAGGUUACUGGGGCUUACAACAGGGCGGUUGCAGACGGUGCGAGUGCGGCGCGGGCGCAGCUGCGUGCGACCCCCACACUGGUCUGUGCGCUUGCUCGAUUGGCGUGGGUGGCACACAGUGUGACACAUGCCUUCCAGGAUACUACGGAUUCGGACCUGCUGGCUGCUUGCCAUGUCCGAAGUGCACUGAUGGCAAGAUAUGUUCCGCGGAGAGCGGACGGUGUGUGUGCCCACCGCGGUCGCGGGGCCCAGGUUGCAAGUACUGCGCCCCGGGCUACCACUCCGGCCCUGCUGGAUGCAGUCCAUGUAGGUGUGGAGCCGGCGCUAUGUCCAGUGAACCAAUGCGAUCCACAAACGGGCCAAUGCAAGUGCAAGGCGGGUUGGGUGGGCGCCGAAUGUGACCGGUGCGCCCCGGGCCACUUCGGACCACGAUGCCGGCCCUGUCUAUGUGAUGAAGCGGGCACUAGGGACUGUCAGGAUGGCGUGUGUUCGUGUGACGAUGAGGGCAGGUGUCCUUGUAAGGAGAAUGUGGUAGGCGAUAAAUGUGACGAGUGUCUAGACGGUACAUUCGGUCUGUCCGCGGACAACCCGUCAGGUUGUACGGCGUGCUUCUGCUUCGGUCGCGCGGCGCACUGCACGCAGGCCGCCGUCACGCGCGCCGCGCUGCACGCCGCCAGCGCGCACCACGUCACCGUCGUACCAGCGCCGAGGAACAUGUCGGUAGACGAAAACUCGCCAAUAGCUAUUCCGAUCGAAAGGGCUGACUCCACAAUAGCCGUGCCGUAUCCCCCGCUCCCUGUAUACGUAGACCUUGACAAGCGUUUCCUGGGGGACCGGGUGACGUCAUACGGGGGAGCGCUUCGGUUCACGGUAGAGGAAGAAGGGGGCGAGGAAUUGACCCCGCAGAGAUUGGCAGCUUUCCCGCUAGUGAGACUCGAAGGAAACGGGAUUGAACUCAAUCAUUAUCAGCUACAGCCAGCCAAGAAUGGGACGUACGCGGUCCGCUUUCACGAGUCGUUGUGGAUGUUGCGCGGGCCCGGGCUGGUGGGCAGUCGGCCCUCGCUGGUGGCGACUCGGCCCGUGUUGAUGGCGGCGCUUCAGCGCGUGGACCGACUACUGCUGAGGGUCACUUCGCGCGCGCCAACCGCACGCGACCACGUACACGCGCUGUCAGUACUGAAGCUAGGUUCACACGAUAUUUAUAUAGGUCGAGACACGGUUCAUGAGUAG